AUGCUGGCCAACAUGUCCCUUCCAAACGGCAUCGCUACCGACAUCCCGCCGGUGGAGAAGGAGCAAGAGAGACCAGACUCCGCUGUCGACCUCAACGAUGACUAUGUCUUGACUCGAGAUGCGGCAGCUUCUGCUCGACUGAACCUUUCGCACUACAUCUGGCAGAGCUCGUAUGGGUACAAUCUGCAUCCGCGAAUCCAGGAUGCAGUUGCUGGCAAGGAGAAUCUGCGAGUCGCGGACAUUGGCACAGGCACUGGAGUAUGGCUACUAGACAUGGCGCAACAGCUUCCUCCGUCUACGCAGCUAGACGGCUUCGACAUCAGCUUCGGCCAAUGCCCUCCCAGAGAGUGGCUGCCUCGAAACGUCGACCUACGUCUUGUUGACAUCUUCCGCCCAGUCCCUGAAGAAUUGGUUGGAUGCUACGACAUCGUCCACAUCCGCCACUUCGUGUGCGUAGUCAAGGCCAACGACCCAACACCUCUCCUGCGAAAUCUUCUGCGCAUGCUCAAACCUGGAGGCUGGAUUCAAUGGGACGAGUGGGAUGUAAUGAACCGCCACUUCACCAAGAUCCGCCCCGAAGCCUCGCAAGCCAACAUCGACAAACUCGAGGCCGAGUUCGCGGCAAUGCGCAGACACACACCGCAACCUCAAUGGCCACCCAGACUGGACGAGUACUUCAUCACAUCCAAUAUGCAGCAGACGUGUAUUGAGAAGCGUCUCAGUCCGAUCAGCCACUUGCCCUUCAUGCACGACCUCACACUCCUCGUCUUCCAGGAGUUGAUUGACGGCGCCGAACUGAAGGGACAGAUUGAUGCAGACAAGACUCGAUACUUGAGACAACUACUCGGCGGUGCAACUCGAGAGAGCAGAGAGGGAGCGGCGUGGAAUUUGACGCGGUGUAUGGCAGUCGGUCAAAAGGCAGUGGAUGAGAGGUCCGAAUUCUUUCGAUUGUAA